GUCGAAGUUACCGUAUAAUUUUGGACGUGUUCGGACGUAUCGCGCGCGCGUUCGUUUCUCGUUGUCAGUGUGUGUGUGUGAGUGUUUGUGCGUACUGUGUGAGCAAAGGCAAAAGCAAAGGUAAAAAAGCUCGCACGUGCGGACGCCUGCGAAAAAGAGGGGAAAGAAAUUGAAGUAAAAAAUAAAACAACAGAGCGCGGCGCCGCAUGCAAAAUAAAAAUAUUAAAUAACGAGAAAUGCAAAUAUAAGUUGCAACAAGAAGCAGAAAGAGCGAGAGCAGCAAAAGGUUUAUAAAUAGUGCACAAAAACAAGGCGGCAAAACGGAAAUUUCGGCGGCACAAUAAGAAUUUGUCGCGUCGCCGCUGUCUGGGGUCGCAAACCCCCCCACCACCCCGCAAGCGACGUUCGCCUUCGUGUGUGUAUGUGUGUCUGCCGACUGUGUCCGUGUAUUUGUGUGUCUGUGCUUCAGAAAAAUAAAUAUAAGAAUUUAAUAAAUUAGAAAUUGCGCCGAAGAUUUAAUUUACCGAAAAAAUAUCUCACAAAUAAGUGGAAAUACCCAGAGGAGGGGGUACAAAAAAAAGAGGCGGACAUACGUUUUUUCCCGCCUUUCGAAAUGCCGUCGGCAAAAUGAUGAAUGCAAAAACAGUUUGCAACAGAAAAAGUGAAGUCAAUCAACAAAUGUGCCAAAUUGUUAACAAAUAAAUAUUAAAGUUUAAAGAGCGAGCGUGGUCGAACAUGUGGUCCCAGUGAGGCCGCCCCACAACGCCCCCUGAAGCGAUCACACCCCCCUCAAUGAUCCAGAACAUGACCGAAUACGUGACGCCGAAUAUCAGCAGCGUGCUGAAGAAAUACCAGACGAGUGCCACAAAGAGUCUUCAAGGACCCGGCCAUGCCCUGGCCGUGGCAGCAGCCGCCGCAGUAGCAGCAGCAGGAAUCGGCGGCGGCUGUCCGUCACUGGAGGUGGCAUCCACGAAUGGUGGAGCGGGAGGAGGAGUCGGAAUCCGCAGCGAGAGUCCAACCUGCGGGGGAAAGGUGCAGCAGCCGCCUUCGCCCGGAAUUCCACUCAUCAAGAAGGAGAUACUCAGCUCCCCGGAGCCGCACGAGCUGCAGCACCACCAUCGCGAUGCAGCAUCGCCACAGAUCUAUGCCACGCCUGCCACACCGCCGAGGGAGCUCUCACAACCGAUCCUCUCGGUGGCAGAUGCCGGCUGCGGGGAGCUGUACGAGACGCGGCUGGAGGGCAAGACCAUUGGCUGCUUCUCGGUGGGCGGAGAGAUGCGGCUGUGCCUGCCGCAGUUUCUCAACAAUGUGCUGAACGACUUCUCGCUGGAGCAGAUCAAUCGGAUCUUCGAUGAGCUGGGCAUCUACUGCUCCCAGUGCACGCCCGACCAGCUCGUGGAGUUCAAGGCCGCCAAGAUCCUGCCCUCCGAUGUGAAAGCCAGCGGACUGAUUACGCGCACCGAUGCGGAGCGCCUCUGUGCCGCAUUGCUGCAUCGAUCCGAUCGCAACAGCUACAUACCCAUCGAGAGCCUGGCCAAGGGCGCCCUCAGCUUCCACGUGUACCACAAAUGUUUUGGCAAGUGCGAGGGCAUCUGCACACCGGAGAUGUACUCCUACCAGAAGCCCACAUGCAUCAAGUGCCUCGAGUGCGACGGCUGGUUCUCGCCCCAGAAGUUUGUGGGGCAUGUGCAUCGCAAGUUCGAGAAUCAGACCUGCCACUGGGGUUUCGACUCCCGCAAUUGGCACGACUAUCUCCACGUGGCGCUCGAUGUGGAGAAUCGCGAAAAGUAUCAGAUAAUUCUCGAUCAGCUCAAGGAAGUGGAACUCAAGGAAAUGCACAAGGCGCAACUCGAAAUGGAUCACAAGAAACGAAAGGCGGAAAUGCUCAUGGAUGAUGCCUCGCUGCUGGUGCCGCUUGGCCUGGGGGCGCCACAUGGCCUGGUGGGUGCACCAGUGGUUGUGCCGCUUGUGGCUGCCCAUGCCCAUCAGGUGUCCCUCAAGGCGCAUCCACAGUUGGACAUUCCAGGCAAGAAGAUGCUAAAGGGUGCCGCUGGAGCGGGUGGAGCGCCCGCCUUGGAUGCGUAUCACUACCAAAUAAUGUACGCCCAUUGUGUGCAACAGCAGCAGCAGCGGGAACGAGAGCAACACCAGCAGCAGCAGCAGCAGCAGCAACAGCAUCACCAGCAGCAGCAGCAGCACCCACGUGGGGCAGUGCUGGUGGGGCAGCCGCAGCCACCGCCGCCGCAUCCGCAUCCGCAUCCGCAUCAGCCGCCACAUCCCCACCAGCCGAUGAACUCCUCGUCCGCGUUCCGCCCGUGGGGACCCACCACCACGAAGGCCUUCCUGCACGCCUACAAUGCGACGCUCUCCUCGCUGCCCUACGCCUGCCAGGAGCCGCCGGAGCUGCAGAAUCCCGAGCGUGUGGUCCGCAGCACGGACAAGCGGUACGCGGAGCGCACAUACCAGCCCAAUGUGGCGCUGGCACCGCGCAAGAGCAUACUCUCCAAGGAGCGCGACAAGGACAGGGACAGGGAGAGGGAGCGCGAGCGUAUGGAGCGGGAAAUGGAGCGGCAGAGGGUGCGGGAGAAGGAGCUGCAUCUGCACAUCAAGCAGGAGCGAGACGACAACACACCCACGCCCACAACACCGCCGGCGGGCGAAACUUUGCAUGCGGUGGAGCCACCGCGUAGCUCCUCCAGUGGCAGCAACUCCCCCAGGCCCCAGGCCCCAACAGCAGCAACGGCAGCCGCAGCACCCGCAACACAUCCACAGCCAGCAGCAGCCAGCAGACAUGUGCCCUUGCCACGCAGUCCGGAGGAGUUCUCCGCGGGCAGCAAUGAGAUUACCUCUUCGACAUCACCCCAUCAGCAUCAGCAUCCACACACCCAACAGCAGCACAUAAUUGCCACCGUCAAUCAGCAUGCAAAACUGUUGCCCAGCUCCAGUUCCAUUUCAGUCACGAGUGGAAACUGCAACGCCAACGAACCAAGUCGCAUUCGGAUCAACAAGAAUCUGAUGAGCCAGCCAGCGGAGCCGCCACCACCACUUCCCUCGUUGCCACAUCACAAUCUACAGCACAAUCAUCACUAUGCGGCGCUAGGACAUCACAUGGGCGGUGUCUACUACAAGGCGGGUGCAAUGGGUGGCAGCUCACCCACGCAGUCUUCCAGUGCGGGCCUCAAUCUGAGCACACACUCCUCGAAUGUGGUUAGCUCUCCACACCAGCAGCAGGCCACAAAGCAGCAGCAGCAGCAGCAGCAGCAGCACCACCAUCAGACGUUGCACCACUCGCGCCAGCAGCAGCAACUUGCAGCAGGAGCAGCAGGUGUCCAUUUGCAGAAUGGCAAACCCCAUUUGGGCAGUGAAUUCGAGCUGUCCACGGACACGGACGAUGACAGCUUGAACGGAGAGCCCGACAGCAGCGCCAUGCUGCCGCCCUGGGAGCAGGCAGUGGAGUGUCUGCGCGAGACGCGUCCCAGGGAUCGGGAGCGGGUGCUGCAGCUGCUGCAGCGACUGCUGCAGGAGAACCAGCAGUUCCGCUACAACAGCAUGCAGCAGAGCGAUUUGCUGCACAAGCAGGAUGCCCACAUAGCAGAUCUGACGGAACAAUUGCAGCGCUAUCGCCGGCAGUUCGAGGAUCUCGACUGCAAGGUGGAGCUGAGGCGGGUGGUGCCAUUCAAGCAGCAGACGCAGCUGCGGGAGGAGCAGCUCGAUGCCGGGGAGGAUGAGGAUCUGGAGGAGGAGCAGGAGCAGGAGCAGGAGCAGGAGGAGGAGGAUCGGGCCAACAACAAUAACCAGCAGGAGCAGCAGCAGCAGCUGAUGAAGCCGCUGGCCAAUGGCCUCCGACGGAGUCCCCCGCCCCUCAAUUGCUGCGGAGCAGAGCCCGAAGAGGAGGCGGAGGCCGAGACGGAGGAGCCUGCCACCAAAAGAGCAAAGUUGCAGCCAGAGCAAGUGGCGGAGGAGAAGGCGAAUGGAGAGAUCAAGAUAAAUGGCAGUGCCAAGAGUCCUGCUCCCAGUCAAGAGUCUGCCUCCAGUGACGAGGAGGAGGACAUGGAGGAGGAGGAGCAGGAGGAAGAAGAGGAGGAGGAGGAGGAGCAGGUGCAGGCGCCGCAUAGCAGUGCUCUGGCCACGCCACCCACAGCCACGACGCCCAUUAGCCCCGAUUCGGCGGCAACUGCGGGACAGUUGUUCGACAGCAGCAACAGCAGCGACGAGUCAUCGAUGAAGAAGGCACAAAUGUCCGCCUGCCAUGCCCUGGCCAAGAUGAACAACAAUCACAACGAGGAGGAGCAGGAGCCGGAGCCGGAGCCGGAGCAAGCUGAGAGUCAGGAGGAGGAAGAGGCGGAGGAUGAGCGGCCACAGGAUGAAGAGGAUUCCUCGGACGAUGAAAUGCCAUUGCAACAGCGCCAGCGGCAGCAGCAGCAGCAGCAGCAAAGACAACGCCAACGAUGCUUCAGCAAAGGAUCGGGGUCUGCCUCUGCCUCUGCAUCAGAUGAAGACGAGGCAGCGGCGCCUCAAGCCAACAUCCCCCUCCCAGCGACAGCACCAGCCACAGCACCUGCUCCAGCUCAGCCUCAUCCACCACCGAUGGCCACCAAGGCGAGCAAGAAGCAGACGCCACCAUCCCUGGGUGCUUUACCCAUCAUAACAGCCACCACAACCAGCUGCGAGAUACAAAUCAAAACGGAAAUAGCCUAGGCAACACAUCCUUCCACACUCAGUCCCUGCCCCAACAAAGGAUAAAGCGACACACACAAGCACACAGUAAAAUCUAUCCCACAUAAAUUCUGCUAUGGGAAACCAGAGUCCACAAAACAAAUUCAAGCUCAAAGCCUAGACACGCACAUUGCCCCACACCUUUUCUGGGGGUAUCCCACAGAUGACACUUUGGGAAUAUCUGUGAAAACAUUUUGGAAGCUCCACAACUCCAUUCGGAAUGGAGUCUCUUCUCAUAACAGUUUCCAUUUAGUUUUUUUUAGACUACAGAGUUUUUACACACGAUCCUUGGACUCUAUGGCAUGAAGAGAACCUCAAGCUGCUGUCGCACGAUAUGUUUUUCACCGACGCUUUAGGCUAGGUUUAUAAAAGUCAAAGUGAAUUAUCAAGAAUUAUGUUCAUUAAUCAUUUAUCUUUUUAUUUUCCUUGGAUUUGCUCAGCAGAAAACGUAUCGUCCAACAGUAGUACAAAAACCAAAUGAAUUGUUUUAUUCUAAAUUUCUAAAUGUUUUAUAACUUUUUACGCUUUUACCUAGCUUGAUUUGAUCUCAACAAAAACAAAACAAAAAACAAA